UUCGAUUUCAUGGGAGACUGUGAAUACGUGUUUGCAAAAGACUGUAGCAAAGACAAACUUUUUGAAGUCCGUACUAAAAACGUCAUUUGUGGAAAGAGUGCUACCUGUACAGAAUAUGUCAGCAUCAUUAUAGCUGGAAACUCAAUUUUGAUGACACGUCAGCGUGGUACAGCAGUUGUAAAUAGGGUUAGGCUGUCAAAGUUCCCAAUAAUCCGUCCCGGAUUCGAAAUCACCAAUCCCAGUAGGAGUUCGCUGAUUGUUAAAACCCACAUCGGAGUAUCAGUGAGUUGGAACUUUUGGAUGAAUGUAAAGGUGACAGUUUCUGGUAAAUACAAGGGAAAGUUUUCAACACAUCUCUAUGUGGCAACAACAAUGGUGAUAAAAAUGACGACAUUCACUACAGUAGAAAAUGUGCUCCACCACCAGCAGUAUGUAUUCCUGAUUCCAAAAAGAAAGCAGCGAUGAAUAAAUGUCACUUGAUGAGCGAUACUAGCUCUCCGUUCUACCGUGCAUGUAAUUGAUUUAGU